AUGGUCUAUCCACGAAAUCCCUACUCGACCCCCAAUGUCAGCUUCUUUGGCGGGUCCGGUAGCGGCUCCAAGGCCAAUGGCGCAGCCCUCAGGUUCGACCCUGCACCCCACCCCGGGCUGGUCAACCUCGGCAACACCUGCUUCCUCAACGCCGUGCUCCAGGCCAUGGGCGGCACACGCCAGUUCAAGCUGCUGCUGCAGGGCCCGUCCGAGCAGCUCCAGGACCACUUUGGUCACCUCGUCGAUCUCACCGACGAGGCCGACUUUGAGUGGAUCAAGCGCUCCCAGUCGCCCGCACUGCGCGUCCGCGACGAGGAGCACGGAAAGGGCCCCCAGAGCCAGCCCGUCCUACCUCGUCCAGCUUCGGCGCAGAAAGCAGGCUACGGCGACGGUGCCUCGACAUUAAGACCGAAACGAGAUCACCCUGCCGACCCGGCACAGGCCGAGCCCCAGCCAUCGGGGAUAGACGGCGGUGAGCAGGCGCAGCCCCUGCACGAACCCACCGUCAUCGAUCUGCCGCUCAACACCGCGCUGCGGCAUACGCUCGAAAAGAUCUGGGGCAGCUCAAACAGCUUGAGGGGGCCCAGCAUCAACCCCAAGCGCCUCCUCACCCUCCUCGGCGCCAAAUACGACCAGUACCUCGAAUAUGGCCAGCAGGAUGGGCACGAGCUGAUGCGUCACCUCCUCGAUGCCUGCAGGAUGGAGGAGAUGGAUCUCAUCAAGAAGAUGCAGCCGCCCAAGGACAAGAAGACCAAGAAGCGGGCGCAGCCUUCGCAGCAGAAGCAUGCGCAAUCGGCUGCUCAGGAGGUGGGGGAUGCGAGAGUCGACACCGAGGUGGCGGGUGCGAUGGACCUCCAGAUGGGCGAUGUUGACCGCGGCGAGGCCAUCGCUGCGCCAAUGUCGGUCAACGAGGCCGAUCAGGCGGCCGUCGUCGUUGUCGACGAGGCUCGGUCAGAGGAAGCCGGAGACGCGGCGGCCGCAGCGGCAGCCGUGGUCGCAGAAGAGACCCUCCUGCCCUUCCUCGACAUGCUCUUCUGCGGCAAGCUGGCCAGCAUGAUUGUCUGCGAGAGCUGCAAGAAGGUGUCGCACACGUACGAGGACUUUUUCGACCUCAGCCUGAGCAUCCGCAGCGAGACCGACGUUCGGGUCAAGAAGCGCGACCGCAUCCGCAACAUGGCCGACCGAUGGCGGCGAGCGACCCAGGGCAAGCCGGUGGAGAAGUCCAAGCUCCACGAUGCGACUGCCGCCUCUGCAGCGACGCCAGUCGCCACGCCCGUCUUCAGCGAAACCGAGGCGAGCGAUGCCGAGGGCAAGAAGCCGCACAAGAAGCGUGGCAGCUUCCUGUCGCCCGCCGACGAGGGCAAGACGAGGUUCUCGCUGCGCACCCGCAGCAUCACGCGGAGGCCGACAUCGGCCAAGAGGGCCGAGAAGCUCGGCGCCACCUCGGGCAGCGAGAUGGAGCCCGAUUUCCCGGACAUGGCUUCGCUCUCGCUGGCGCCGACGCCGCGCCACAUGGCCGCUGACUCUGCGCCGCCCUCGGCGGGCGAGGAUGACGGCGAUGCGCGCACCAACACCCGACUGCCUCGGAUGCUUGCGCCUCAUCCAAACGGCGGCGAGAGCAGCCGGGAGCCGAGCCCGAGCGCACCCAUCGGAGGGCGGGCCCUGCCUGCCGCCGCCAAUGGCAACGGCAUCAGUGCCGGCAAUGUGGCUCCGACGCUCUCCUCGCACCAGGCGGACUACAUUGCUCGCAUCUUGACCGAGGACGCCGCGCCCGCCGCCGCCGCCGCCAACGGGCUGCCUCGCCGACCCGCCACGGCUUCGGGCGCAUCGGGCGCGUUCUCCGACGUCGUGGCUCAGGUCUCCUCGGCGCAUGGGCGCCACUUCCACGCGCUGCACCGCGGCAUGAGCACGCGCGGACCUCGCAAGAGCGCGCUGUCCGAAUUCGAGACCGAUCCGGGCUCGCCGUCGGCAAAGAGGCGCAAGCAGAUUCAGGAGGAGCAGAAUUCGACCGGCCUCAUCGCCGCACUGCGGCAGUUUACCAGCGUCGAGGUCCUCGACGGCGAAAACAGCUUCGCCUGCAAGAACUGCUGGCGGCUGCAGAACCCGCCGAGCGCAAAGGAACGGGAGCGAUACCGGCGCAGGAAGGAGAGGCGCGGGCUGCGGUACGGGUCCGACGACGAGAGCGAGCCCAGCAGCUCCGAGGGCGGGUCGGAGUCGGACCGCGAAGGCGCUGUGGCCAGGGCGACCGCCAAGGAGCAGGCUCGCCACGUAUCUGCAGCCGCGGGCAAGUCGGACGACGGUCCCCUCAACGGCUCGGCGACGCUUGCAGACGGCGCCGCGCCAUCCGACAUGGCGCCAAGGCGCUUCAACGCCUCCAUCCCGACGAUCACGACGCAUGCGGGGACUCCACCGGCCACCGAAGCCACCGAGGGCAAGCAGCUCGGCCUGCAGAACGAGGCGAUGGCGAAGCUGUCGGCGCCACACAGGGACGAGCACGGCCAUCGACCGCCGGACUCGCCCCUGAUGGCGUCGAGCCACGGCUCCGACUCGAACCUCAGUGCCAGCGCCAGCGGCUACGACACUGGCACCGAGACCGAUCGAUCCGGCGUGGCGACCAGUCUCGAUUCCGAGACCGGCCUCGAUGAGAGCGACGCCGAUGCCGACGAAACGAGGCCGGCCGCGCCGUCGAGCAAGCCAAAGGGGCCCAAGCGGUCGACGCAGAGCCUGCCUCGCCGAGCGCUCAAGCGCUACCUCAUCGCCUCGGCUCCGCCCGUGCUCGUCUUCCACCUGAAGCGCUUCCAGGCCACCGGCCGCGGCUUCGUGUCGGGACUCGCCGGGUUCAAGAAGAUCGACGACCAGGUGACGUUCCCCGAGUACCUCGACAUCACUCCCUGGCUCGCUCCGCCGCGCGAGGAGUACGACCGCAAGGGACGCCUCAAGGGCACGAGCGACCCUCUCGUCCUGCGCAGAAGGGCCGAGGAGGAGGCCAGGCGCGCGGGCAUGGACAUCAAGGAUGUCCAGGUGCAGGUCGACAGCCCCGAGGCGGCGCGGCGGCGAGGGCGGCACAGGCACGGUCGCCAACACCAUGGCCACGGCGAUGCGGGCGAGGGCGACAGGGUGGCUGGCAAACGCCACUCGAUGUGGUCCUGGACCGCAAGGGAGAGGUCGCGCAGCCGAGGCCCGCCUGGCGAAGGCGCAAGCGCAGCGGGAGCGGGAGCCUACAUCGAGGAGGCCGAGGAGGUGCAGGAAGGUCCCCGGGUCAAGCAGGGCGAUCGCGAGAUCCUGCCCACUGUCGUGUCGCGGCCCAAGACUCAGUACCGCCUCUAUGCCGUGGUGGUGCAUCAGGGCUCGCUCUCGGCCGGGCACUACACGGCCUACGUGCUGUCGGACAAGAUCCGCCUGAGCAACGAGGAGAAGGCAAACCUUCUGACGACGACCGUGACGCGCUCGGCGCCCGCAAGCCGCGUCAACACGCCCGCGCCCGCCAACGAGGCGCACAGGGAGAGGCGGCGGUCGACGCAGCUCGCCGAGACGCCGGCGCUGCAGCCGCUCGCGGAAGCAGAGGCCAAAGCCGAGGCACCGGCCGGGCCCGCGAUAGAAGGAGACGGAGCGGCAGCAUCGCUGGCGGGGCCCACUACCAUGUCGACUGGCGAUUCCAGCGCGGCCCUCUCGAGCAGCGGCAGCAGCGCCCACAGCAGCGCCGGCAGCGACGGGGCCGCCAGGCCGCCUCCGCCGCUGGUGCAGCCCAAGCCGCAGGCGGCGACGGGCUCGAUCCAGAGCGCGCCCGAGGGCCCGCCGCUCGUCACCAUCAACGGCAACGGCAACGGCACGGCCAACGGAGCGCCCAACUCUUCGGCCGAGUCGCUCAAGCCUGCCAGGAGCCCCAAUCCGGCGGCCGCGGCGGCAUCGACGGCUGGAUCAUCGUCGAACGGUGCUGCCAGGGCCGAGCCGAGGCCGGAUCGCAGCGAGAUCGACGACGGGAGGAGGUGGGUGUACACGUCGGACACGGUCGUGCGGGCCGCUUCGAUCGACGAAGUGCUCAAGGCCAAGGCCUACAUGCUCUUCUACGAGCGCGUCUAG